UUAUUAACAUAAAGCGUGCUGCCAUUUUGGAUUGUAAAGGGAACAAAGACGCGUCAGAAGAGUCCAAACCAUUCCUUAUCAAUAUGUCGGAAAAAACAGCAGCAAAACCUGCCACGCCUGCUAAGAAAGAACUAACAGAUACCAAGACCCCAACGCCGAACAAAAAUAAGCCCCAACAGGAUGGUAACAUCAACAAACAUCAAGAACAGAACAGAAGCCGCGGCGGUGGUGGCGGCGGUGACCGAGGUGGACAUGGUGGACCCCAACGCCGUGGUGGCGGAGGAGGAGGAGGUCGGGGACGUUUCAACAAUAAUCGUAACUUUUCUCAGGGUGGCGACCGUCAUUCUAAUAUGGGACACAAAAAUCAGCCACCACAAGAUACGGACCACAACGAAGAUGGACCAAAAGAAGAUCCGAAAUUCACAGGAAGAUGUCGUCUUUUUGUCGGAAACCUGACACCUGAUAUUACUGAAGAAGAGUUCAGGGGGAUGUUCACUAAAUUUGGUGAAAUAUCAGAACUCUUUGUCAACGGCGCCAAAGGAUUUGGGUUCAUUCGCAUGGACUACAGAAACAAUGCUGAAGCAGCAAAGGCAGCUUUGGAUGGAACACAGAGAAAGGGUCGCAGUCUGAGAGUACGAUUUGCAAACCAUGGAGCUGCUAUCCGAGUCAAGAAUCUGUCUCCAUUUGUAUCUAAUGAACUGAUGUACCAGUCUUUUUCCCAGUUUGGUGACAUUGAAAGGGCCAUUGUUUGUGUGGAUGAUAGAGGGAGGUCUUCUGGAGAGGGAAUUGUAGAGUUUGCCAGAAAACCAGGUGCCAGCCAAGCUAUGAAGAGAAUCAAUGAAGGAGUUUUCCUUAUGUCUUCGUACCCAAGACCUGUUUUUGUGGAGCCUUUGGAACAGAAGGAUGAAGAAGAUGGUCUUCCAGAAAAAUUCUUGCCGAGAAAUGAACAUUGCAGAAAAGACAGAGAAAAGGAGCCUAGGUUUGCUCCACCAGGAUCUUUUGAAUACAGAUUUGCACAAAGGUGGAAGGAAUUGGAUGAACUGGAGAAACAGCAGCAUGAAAGAGUGAAGCAAGAAAUGGAAGAUGCAAGAAUCAAGUUGGAGGCAGAGAUGGAGGGUGCGAUGUAUGAGUACCAAGCUGAACAAAUCAGAGCAGACUUGGUAAGACAGCAAGAAGAACUCCAAAGAAUUGAAGAAAUGAGACAGGAACAGAUGAGGCGUAGACAAGAAAUGGACAUGCGUAAUGACACUUAUUUCAGGCGUCAGGAGGAUAGCAGGAUGGUUAGAGAAGAAGAAGAAAGACGCAGAGAGAUGAUAAUGAGGGGAGAAGGAAGUGGUAUGAGAGGAGGAAGAGGGCCAAUGGACAGUCACCGAAGCAGUCAGAUGGAACAGCAAGGAGGACUGAGAGGCGAAGGAAUGCGAGGUGAUGGUAUGCGUGGUGAAGGCUUGCGCGGUGAAGGUAUGAGGGGUGAAGGACAACGUGGGCGCUCUGGAGUACCCCCACCUGUUCCACCACCUCCAGCCCCUCCUGCUGCCAUGGGCAUUGAAAAUAGGCAACAGAAUGAGGGAUCCAUAGUAAGUGGAUUUGGAGGAUCUGGUGGAAAUGUUGGAGGAGGUGGAGGUGUAGGCGGCAGCCAAGGGUCGAUGCAAGGUCAAAGCCAGGGAAUGGGAGGUCAAGGCCAGGGAAUGCAGCGCCAGUCAAGAUUUGAUCAACAAGGUGGUAACUACGGAAAUGGAAACUUUGGGGGUCGUGGGGGUUUAGGUGGCCAGGGUGGGGGCAUGUCUGGAGGAAGUGGAGGCGGUGGUAUGCAGGGGGGUAACAACAUGUAUGGAGGUGGGGGUAUGAGUGGAAACAUGGGAGGCGGUCGUGGUGGUAUGAAUGAACGCAGACGCCAGGAGGCUGGAGGACCCAGAGACGACUAUGGAGAUAUGAAGAGAAUGCGUCGCUAUUAAAUCUUUAAUCAUUUUGUGGCUAUUGAUAACUUUGCAGGCUAAGAAAUAUGAAAUACUGCAAGGAAAGUCGCCUCUUUAGAUAACAGUCUUUAUGGCCGUUAGUUAUGCUGCCAAACAGUGAAAAUGAUCAAGAGCAAAUACCAGAUAAAUGACCUGACAUAAUAUUGUGAACAAUACAUGGAGACACUUGGGAAAUGAUGGAGAUAGUGUUACUGGAAAGAACACAGUUUCAAUAUGUGUGCAUUGAUUUGAUUUAAAGAAAAUACAUGCACUAUAAAAACAUGAACAUAGACAUUGAAUUAUUUUUAAACAUGAACUUGGAGUAGGCAUUCUAUUUUGAUAACCACUGGUUUCUUUUAUCAUGAGAAAAUCUUUUAUCAUGAGAAAAUGCUAGUUACAUAUAUCUGUAAAUGUGUGUCCCUUUUUUCUGAAUUUCUAUCAAGUGACAUCAUUGUAAUAUAAUCAUUUCUAUGUUGUGUUGUGUUCGUUAUCGUUUUAAUUCCAUGUAUCAUUUUAUUCUUGUUUCAAAUUUGGACAAGAAUCCAUAAUCAUGUAUAUUUGAAUAGAUUUACAAGAGAUAGCACUUACUAUUCUCAAUAAUGGUCUCCCAUACUGAUGUUCUUUUAUUAGUUCAUAAGCAAAGACAUUGUAUAUAUUCAUAUAAUUUCGUAUUAAUACCCCAACAACUGUUUUAUUAUUUGUGAAUGUAUCUAUUGAUCAUAUAGAAAAAUGUCGAAAUAAAUAAAAAUAUUGUACCUGUAAA